AAGUGAUAUUAUGUACUAGCAUAUCAGUUUAGUCUAUACUUAUUGCUGGUCAAUACUUCAUCUAUUUAUUAUUAUCCAAAAUAAAAAAUGUUGUUACAAACACCAAAUGAAGUUCAAUUGGAGAAUUUAAAAAAAGAAGAAUUUUAUCAACCACCUGAACAUGUCGAAGAAGACGUAACUCAGCUUAUUGAGUGGCUUUCAAAACAGCCACACUUACCUAAUGUUACAGAUAGACAGUGGCUAACUAAUUUUAUAGUUGGAUGCAAGUAUAACUUACAAAAAGCCAAAAAAGUUAUUGAAUCUUAUUUCGUGGUGAGAUCAGAAUUACCAAAAUAUUUUGGCUCCGUAAGUGAAGAAGAACUAAAAGAAAUUACUAAAACUGGGUAUAUAAGUUUAUUCCCGAAGUUAACGCCUAAUGGUGAUCGAAUAUUUUGUAUAAGGACCCAGCCUACGUUUAAUGAUGUUAAUUUUAAUGUACAGUUAGCACUUAAAUCAGGACUGUCAAUUUUAGAUUUGCAAUUGAAGGAAGAACCUCUUUCCCGAAACGUAUUUAUUUUUGAUUUAGAAUAUUUUCAGCUGUCUCAUUUUUUGUCCUUCACACCUCAAUUGGCUAAACAUUUUAUACACUGUACUGUUGGCUCGUUUCCGUUGAGAAUAGAAAAAGUUCAUUUUGUGAACCCACCGAAAUUCAUUGGCCGUCUUUUAAACUUUAUUAAGUUAUUUUUACCAACAAAAAUAUUCGAAAGAUUAAUUGCUCACGAGACAUUUGACACUUUACACGACUACAUACCCAAAGAUGUUUUACCAGAAUGUUAUGGUGGGACUGGUGGAAGUAUCGAAAAAAUUGAAGAGUCGUGGAUAGAAUUUAUUCUUCAAAAUAAAGAAUGGUUGGAUAAACGACCGAAAGCCGAUUUGUCAAAAUGUCCCGUUAAUGUAAAAACCGAUGAUUUAGGUAUAAAUGGAACAUUCAAGCAGCUUACAUUUGACUAAUAAGGUUGAUGUUAUAUUAUUGGCAAGAACUUUAAAAAUUAGUUUUCCUUUGUCACAAAAUGAAAUUGUUAUUUACAAUUUAACUCUGUGUAAAUUUAAAAAAACAAAAAGUUUUAACAAAUAUGUAAUAAUUGAUUUAUAUUCAGACCAGAAAAGAAAGAUAGUAGAAAUACCUCAUCAGAUAUUUCAAAAAAACAAAAUAUAUUAAUCUAAAAAAUAUUAGAAAGAAAGGAAUUAAAUGUAAACUUCCUCAAAUUUUAUUAUUUCAGUUACAAAUGUGUACUUAAUUUUAAGUAUAAAUCUUAAUAAUUUUGUUUAUAAUUACAGUACAAAUACUGAAUUAUAAAAUGUUUUAUGAAAUAAAUAUAAUUUUCAAUGUUUUAAGGAGGCUAAAAUGUUAAUAAAAAAAUCUUUAAUCUUGUGUUAUGCCCAUCAUUUCAAAUAAAAAAUGUAUGUAAAGUUCAUAUACUUUCUAUUAGCAUAAUAUCAUGGUAGUGGGGGAAAAUCUCUCCCCUACAUUAUCUACUGAAAGUUAUGUGGAACAUCUUAUAAUACAUUUCUAAUCCUGCCACCCAUUUUAUUAAUUUAUUAAUAUUAAAAAACAAAUAAUUUAUCAAGCAUUUAAUGUUUGGGUGAAACUUUAAACAUAGAAAUUGUAAAAUUUCAAAUAUACUAAUUACUGUCGAAUUUAACAGAUUUA